AUAUUUUAUCGAUCGUAAAAUUGUUGAUAACAUUUUCAAUUCUUGACAAAACGAAAGCCCUGGAAAAAUUUGGCGCGGACGAUGUUUGAAUGCACAUACGAAAUAAAAAAGGAAAAAUGUGUUUUGUAAUGGUGUUCUUUUUAAUUUUCUCGACACGAUAACAACUUUAUAGACCAUUUUAAAAUACUACAAUUUAUACCUACAAUGGUAUAUGUUACAUAUGUAUUACUGUUCUGUAUAACUCUGCUACAUAAAAAUGAGGAAGUCAAAGGUACACUUAAGAAGUCUAGUAAUUUUAAUGGUUACAUCAAUAAAGAUAUGCUUAUGAAACUGAUUGACGUUAUCAACAAUCACGAUGGCGAUAGAACAAAUGCUGAUAAGGACCUCAAAGGGAUCGACUUGCGGCAGCCGAAUGAUAUAGAGAUCAUGAAGCAUCUGCAGAAGAACUAUGAUUACAGAGUGAUUGCUGACGCGAAGGGUUUAACCCACACGAGGGUUCAUAUCAUUGAAAAUCCUGAAGUCCUGAGCGAUUUCCUAGCUGAACUGGACAGGAAAGACUCUGAAAAUCCUCCCAUUGUGAAAAGGAGACAUAGGAUAGGAGGCACAUUAAGAGGAGGGAAUCAGAUGUCCCGCAGACACCAUCGGAGGCAGAGCUCGAAACAUCAUAACACAUCUAAAUCACAUCACCAAGAAAGGAGAUUUCGAAAAAGUUCCAGAGAAAAUGAUAACGACAAGAAAAAACGAUUUGAGAAGGCAGAUAGAUUCGAAAAAAACGACAAUCACAGAGAAAAGAGAUACAGCGGAGAAAAGUUUGGCAGAAAAGAUAAGUAUAAAGAGAAGACAGACAGCCGAGAGAGUUACAAGAGGAAAGAUAAAAAUAAAGAUAAAAGAGACAGCAGAGAAAAGUUUAAUAGAAAUGACAAAUAUGGAAAAAAUAUAGAUGAUAGUCGAGAGAUUUAUAAUAAGAAAGACAAAAAAGAUAAAUAUGGUGAGAAAAUAGAUAGUAGAGAGAAGUUUAGUAAUAAAAAAGACAAGCACAAAGACAAUUGGAAUAGCAAAGAUAAGUUCAAAGACAAUUUUGACGAUAGAAAAAAGAGAUUCGAUUCGAGGGAAAACGAUAAUUCGUUCAAAAAACAUGUACGUAGUAGGGUUGAUGAAUAUGAUUACAAAGAUGUGGUGACAACGAAACGCAAUGACCCGAAAAAGUCGAUUUUGACGCUUGAUUUGCAGGGAUCCUUUGAAAAAAACAUGGGUUUGCCACCUGCGAUGGAUUAUUUUUCCCCAAAACAAACAACAAAAGACUGGUUGGACAGCGAGAAUAGGAAGAAGCCGGGUAGAGAAAAAAGUGAGGAUAACUGGGGAAAAUGGCCGGAGAGCGACAACAGAAAGCCAAUAGAAAAAGAAAAGAAUUGGGGUAACGAUUGGGGCAAACCAGUAGUUAUAUCCAACGCAGGACCAGCGAUACCAAACAACGAUUUAGAUUGGGUAGGCAAAGACGAUAUAGGGAACAAGCCACCGAUUAAAUCUUACGAAGACAACUUGGACAAUAAUUCUGGUAGUAAUUUUCAGAGGUUCACAACGAGGGAGAAUCGCGAUUUUUUCAACAAAUUCGGAUCGACCACGAAGAGUCAACAGAACGACUGGGGCAGACCAGCGGUGAAGUAUGAAAACAAAUAUAAAUACAAUAUGGAGAGAUUGUACGAUUAUGAUUACGCGCCAAGGAAACGGAAGCAGAGUAAUCGUGAUGGCGGCUACGGUGGUUUUGGCAGAACUCCCAUACCUUAUAUCGGGAGGAAGGGAGUCUAUGCUGAGAAUUAAAAAUAAUAUUACACCAUUGUAUUUAUCAUU